UAGAACAUAAACCUAGCAAAAGUAAAUUAUAUCAUUUAAAAUAUCCACUCCAAAAAAACAAUGAAUACUUAUUAGUAGCCACCAGUCGACCCGAAACCAUUUUUGCUGACGUGGCUCUAUUUGUUAAUCCUAACGACCACCGCUAUCAAAAAUAUCUCAACCAGUCCGUAAAACACCCAUUCACGGAAAAAAUUAUCCCCAUUUUGGCUGAUGAAAGUAUUAAAACCGAUUUUGGCACAGGAGUUCUAAAAUGCACGCCCGCUCAUGAUUUUACUGAUUACGAGUUGGGAAAAAAACGCCAUUUGUCAAUAAUUAGUUGUUGCGAUGAAAAAGGCAUUUUGAAUGAAUUAGCCGGCUCUUGGCAAGGGCAAGAAAUUGGCAGUAUUCGCGAAGAGUUUGUCAAAGAAUUAGAAAAAAAAGGCAUUUGCGUAAAAAUUGAAGAAUAUGAAACUAAUCUCGCUUGUUCUACUAAAUCAGGAGUAGUCAUUGAACCUUUGCUUUCACGCCAAUGA